CUUUCGCGCGCGUUUUGAAACAAAAACAAAAAAAAACUACGAUCGUCGAUUGUUUUGAGUCCAUUGUCCUAAUGAGGAUUAUUUGUGUGGAAAACUUUUUUGGGAAAAAUGUUUUUGAGUGUUCAGGAUAAUUAGAGGAUCGGGAGAAAAUAUGGAAGAAAAAAAAUCCCCAAUCGUAUUCCAUCCAGGUUCGUGCGGGCCUGGCAAAUGCGUAGGAGAAACUGCAUGCAAACAGCACCCCAACAACACCUACACGUGUAUUUGUACGCACACGUCCGAUCCGCCCACGGCCAACGGAGUUUGUCCUAGAAAAAUAGUUACUCAAGAUAAGAUAAUUUUUCUACAAAAGAUCCCAGUCCAGCCGCCACUAAAAACUGAUGGAACUUCUUCAAAAAUCAGUCAAAAUGCCUCUAUACUAGCGAGAGACCAUUCAAUGGCGGUAACCGAAACCGCCCAAAACCUAUCCCGCUACGUUAUUCCAGGCAUACUGGGGACCAUUAUAAUUGUGAUAUUUGCCAUGCUAAUUUAUUUUUUCCGACUGAAAGUAAAACGAAGAAACGACGCAGCAUCUCCAAUUAACUUGAAACACAGCCUUUUGAUACCGGAAAGAUACGCUCCGAAUCCUCAAUAUUCGGCGUGUUGCAGUACCGACGUGCCGGUGAUAAGAAAAGAAACUCUCAAAUUCCUCAAUGAACUCGGAGAAGGAUGCUUCGGCAAAGUUUUCAAAGGCGAAUUAUUAAGAGACACGGACAACAAAUUAGACAUCGUGGCGAUAAAAGUACUAAAAGAAUCGGCAACCAAAGAAGCCGAAGAAGAUUUCUUCCGAGAAGUCGACAUCAUGAGCACCUUCCAACACCCAAACAUCCUAUCAUUCGUCGGCGUAGUACUGCGAGAAGGCACCUCUUGCGGUACCAUCAACCCGAUGAUGGUGUUCGAAUACAUGGAGCACGGCGAUUUGGCCGAAGUGCUGAGAAGUCAGCACCGAAUGUCAUCAGGCAGUAGUACCGGCAAUAGUCCGGUACUUAGCGCAGCCGAUUUAUUGAGUGUGGCGCUGCAAAUCGCUUGCGGUAUGGAGUACUUGGCAGCGCAGCGUUUUGUCCAUCGAGAUUUGGCUUGUCGGAAUUGUUUGGUUGCUGAGGGACCUGUUGUCAAAAUUGCUGAUUUUGGUAUGAGCAGGGAUGUUUAUACUUGUGAUUAUUAUAAGAUUGGAGGUUCGAGGUUGCUGCCAGUCAGAUGGAUGUCUCCGGAAAGUGUCGUUUACGGCCGCUUCACCUUGGAAUCCGAUAUAUGGUCCUAUGGAGUUAUUUUAUGGGAAAUAUACAGUUUCGGCAAACAGCCUUAUUAUGGACACAGCAACGAAGAGGUUGUUAAACUGAUCCUGGAUGGUAUAAUGCUGAUUCCUCCCGAAGAUUGUCCAGCGUUAAUUUGCGAACUGAUGAAAAAUUGUUGGAAAACUGAACCGAAACAUCGGGCCACGUUUACUUUUAUCAAGGACGUCCUGGACGAGGCUUACUAUAAUAAAUCUAUGGAGAAAAAGGAUGUUAGUCUUAAGAAAAAGCUUACCGACAUCGACGGCGGGCACGUUUCAAUCAAAAACGAAAAACGGACCAACCAUAAACCCAAAACCCUACCCCGACCGCCGCCACUUCCUCGACCCGUUUCCAAGCCCGAUCUUUUGGAUUCGCAAGGCUACUUGGUACCCAGAGAGAUUAAGGAACCAGUGCAGUACCUACAGACUUUGCCCGGGGAUUGAGUUUUGGAUAAAUGUGUGAAGUGAGCUUUAGAUUAGGUAGUUACAAACUUAUCAGGGUAUUCAGGAACUUAUACAGGAACUAAUGCAGUCAGUGUGUUUUCAAGCAAUAAAAGACGAAUUUAAAUAGUGUAUACAGGGUAUAAGUCAACUUCUAAAUUAUACUGUUUUAUUUUAAUGUUUACAAAUUCAAGAGUCGAGAUAUGCCAUCCAAGUUAUGUUCAAAAUUACUGAGAUUCAUAGAGAAUUAUUUUAAUUUCUGUUCAAUCAAAGAAAUUGUGACCUGAAAAGCCAGAUACUAAUUUCACAAUUAUUGAGAUAACAUACGGACAAUAUAAACCAGAAAAAUAAAAAGAAUGGUAGCUGUAUCUCUUUAAAAUGAAGUCAACUAUGACCUGUGAGUGCCCCCUGUUAGUGAGCAUCCCAACUGAGAGAGCAGAUACGCCAUCUAUCAGAGAGAAAUCUAAUUAACUGGUGUCGCCCUCUAUUAGAGAGAUAGGUAGUUCUGAGCAUUGUUGUUAGAAGCACUGAAAUUUCUUCAAAAACCACUGCUUAUGAGAUUUUGGGAUUCGGUCAAUUUUCCUGAAAAUUUGAUAUGAUGCUCCUCUCAACAUUCUGAUCAAAAGUGUUCA